AUGAAGGGGAAGACGGUGCUCGAGUUUGGAGGAUGGAUUGAUGACUUAUGGGCUUGGGGUGAUUGCGGAAUUAACGUGGAACUGCUGCCAGUUUCCUCUCUAGACGCCUAUCAGCAGCUUUGUAAUCUUAUUGGGUGUGUAGCUCCGGUGGCGGAUAAACCGGACAGUCUGUUUUGGCAGCAUGACCGUGUUCGUGGUUAUAGCGCAAAGGUGGGUUAUGAUUGUCUGGUGGGCAGAACAGAUGAUGUGAGCUUUGAUGAAGAUUAUUCCAGAGCUUUUCGCCUCUUGUGGUCCUCCGAAGUGCCGUUCAACAUAAAGGGUUUUGUUUGGAAAUGUUUCUUAAACAGAUUACCAACCAAAGAUCAGCUAGUUUGCAGAGGAAUUCCGUUAUCCAAUCCGGAUUUAUCUUGUGUUUUCUGUGCAGGGGCGGAGGAAUCGUUACUCCAUAUUCUCUUUGGCUGUCCAGUGUCGAGGCUGGUAUGGAAUAAUAUUGCGCUUUGGACUGGUUUGGAUCCGGUUAUGGAAGAGAAUCCUUGGAAAAACUUCCUUGAGUGGGGCGUUCUUGCGAGUUCAAAGAGAGUCAAAAGAAGAAAGGAAGGGCUGAUUUGGAUGGCAGUGGUUAUGGGGAUUUGGUUGAGGAGAAACGAAAUUGUUUUUAACAAAGGAUCUUGUAAUGUUAAUGAUAUCACUUGGGAGAUUAAAUUGAAGGUUUGGAGAUGGUCGUUUUUUGGCGAAAUUGCUUAUUCCAAGUGUAAUUUCUACGACUUUUGUAAAAAUCCGCUUUUUUACUUAAAGUAG